GCUACCCCUCAACCUGUCAGCCAUGGGGGAGAUGGAGCAGCUGCGGCAGGAAGCAGAGCAGCUCAAGAAGCAGAUUGCUGAUGCCAGGAAAGCCUGUGCUGACAUGACUCUGGCAGAGCUGGUGUCUGGCCUAGAAGUGGUGGGACGAGUACAGAUGCGGACACGGCGGACAUUAAGGGGACACUUGGCCAAGAUCUAUGCCAUGCACUGGGCCACUGAUUCCAAGCUGCUGGUAAGUGCCUCGCAAGAUGGGAAGCUGAUCGUGUGGGACACCUAUACCACCAACAAGGUACACGCCAUCCCACUGCGCUCCUCCUGGGUCAUGACCUGUGCCUACGCCCCGUCAGGGAACUUUGUGGCAUGUGGGGGGCUGGACAACAUGUGUUCCAUCUAUAGCCUCAAAUCCCGUGAGGGCAAUGUCAAGGUCAGCCGGGAGCUCUCUGCUCACACAGGUUAUCUCUCCUGCUGCCGCUUCCUGGAUGACAACAACAUUGUGACCAGCUCCGGGGACACCACGUGUGCCUUGUGGGACAUUGAGACUGGGCAGCAGAAGACUGUGUUUGUGGGACACACUGGUGACUGCAUGAGCCUGGCUGUAUCUCCUGACUUCAAACUUUUCAUUUCGGGGGCCUGCGAUGCCAGUGCUAAGCUCUGGGAUGUGCGUGAGGGGACCUGCCGUCAGACUUUCACUGGCCAUGAGUCGGACAUCAACGCCAUUUGUUUCUUUCCCAAUGGAGAGGCCAUCUGCACGGGCUCAGAUGAUGCUUCCUGCCGCUUGUUUGACCUGCGGGCUGAUCAGGAGCUGACUGCCUAUUCCCAUGAGAGCAUCAUCUGUGGAAUCACAUCUGUGGCCUUCUCUCUCAGUGGCCGUCUGCUCUUUGCUGGCUACGAUGACUUCAACUGCAAUGUCUGGGACUCCAUGAAGUGCGAGCGUGUGGGCAUCCUCUCUGGCCAUGACAACAGAGUCAGCUGUCUGGGGGUCACAGCUGAUGGGAUGGCUGUGGCUACUGGUUCCUGGGACAGCUUCCUCAAAAUCUGGAACUAAGGAGGAUGGAGGAAGGGAAGUGGAAGACCAUGAAGACACUUGCUGACCCCUACCCCCAGUCUUUCAGGUUCUCUCUUCUAUAUCCCAGGUGCCAUUCCCACUGAGCUUUCUCCCUGAGGGCAAUGGGGGAAGAAGGGGAGUAUGUCUUUGGGAGGCAGCCUCAGGGACACAGGGACAAAGAACUGCCCUGUUUCCUCCCAUGGCCUCUCCUCCCCACAGUCCUCACAGCCUGUCCCUUAAUCAGCAAGGACAACCAACCCCUCCCCAGCCCUUUGCAGGCCCAGCAAGCUUGUUGGGCCGCAGGUCCUAGGAUCUCUCUCCAAGAGCUACUACCUUCAUCCAGAGCUGGGUGGUAUAGGGCAUUCAGCUCUGCAACUAUGGCUCUUUGCACCACUAGAGUCCUUGCCCACUUCUUCAUGUUUUUCCCACCUUCUUAUUUUUUUCUCCUAAAGCACCUACAAUAAAUUAUAGCACAGUGGU